GUGUCCAAUUAUAUGGUUCAACCAAAACCAUCCUCCCAACAAAAAACUCCAAAAAGAAAUAAUUUGGCCAAACAUUCACACUCUUCUUCUCACGUGACUUCCUUUGUUCCCUCCGUCCCUUCCCACAAAAACCUCGCACUCUCUUCUCUCUUCAGUCUUGUCUCUGCUUCUUUUUUACUUUUACAUUAACAAUGGCAGCUUCCUUAACAAUCUCAAGAUUUGUUUCUCCGGCCGCCCUCUCUUUUUCCAACACCACCACGAGACUUUCCCCUAAAUCCCUUUCUUCAAAACUCUCCAUUUCUCCCCUUUCCCUCAACCUCCACCGCCGCGGUUCAAAACCCAUUUUCUUUUCCACCAAAACAACCCAAAUCGUCGCCGCUAUCUCCGUUGGUGAGAAGCUUCCUGACGCAACCCUUUCCUACUUCGACUCCGAUGGAGAACUUCAAACUACCACAGUCUCCUCCCUUACCGCCGGCAAAAAAGCCAUCCUCUUCGCCGUCCCGGGCGCUUUCACUCCGACAUGUUCCCAAAAACACCUUCCUGGGUUCGUCGAGAAAUCAGGGGAACUCAAAGCCAAAGGGGUCGACACCAUCGCCUGCGUGUCCGUGAACGACGCGUUUGUGAUGCGGGCGUGGAAGGAGAAUCUGGGGAUUAAAGACGAAGUUUUUUUGUUGUCGGAUGGGAAUGGGGAGUUCACGAAGAAAAUUGGGUGUGAAUUGGACUUGAGGGAUAAGCCCGUUGGGCUUGGAGUUCGGUCCAGGAGGUACGCUCUUUUGGCUGAAGAUGGAGUCGUUAAGGUUCUUAAUUUGGAGGAAGGUGGUGCUUUUACUUUCAGUGGGGCUGAAGACAUUCUCAAAGUGCUGUGAUUUUGUUGAGAUUGGACAUUGGGUAGUUUUUAUUCCUUAAAACUCCUUUGUUGGGUAGUUUUUGCUUUGGUAAUGAAAAUGACCAGCCUCUGAGAAUCUUCUAAUGAAAUGUUGGCAAUAAAAAGAUAUGAAUGAGAUUUUCUACGAAUCCCUUGUGUUUUAUGCGAUGGAAUGUUUCGUGGGCUUCCUCUUUUUUUUUCUUUAAUGUUGGGUUGAUUAAACUGCGAAGCACAAGUACAAACGAUUUCCAUUAUGUGGUAAAAGGAACGAGUGCAUUAACUAUGCAACUGAACUUUUUUCACUUCCAGUUCCAGGUUUCAAUCGAGUAGAGCAGCAGGUAUUUCUAGUUUUCUCUGCUUCCAAGGCCUUGUAAUUAGAAUGUAUGCUUAACCUAUGAUAAUGAGUUGAUACUAAGUUUGUUCUUCCUGCGUUGUUGAUGCGAUGAUAUUUUAUUUCAGUCACUGACGGUGAAAGACUUCCCUUAUUGCCAAAAUUUGGCCAUUUUUUAUUGAAAUUUUGAAGAAAUAAAAGUAGAAAACCUGCUGCUAAAGUGAGUCCUAGUGACCACUCUCUUUUUUUGUUGUUGUCGACUGAGAAGAUAUGACAUAAAUAAAAGCCCGGGAAGUAAAUGGA